AUGGGUGUCAGGCUCUGGAACAGACUGCGCAGGGAAGUGGUUGAGUCACCCUGGAGGGUCCAUAAGAACAGAAGCAAACACCUGGAGAAAAUCCAUGUUGUUCUUGGGAAUAAAUCCUGUGAUUUGGAUUCGCUCAUUUCUACUCUGGCCUAUGCCUACUUUCUAGACAAGGUCAGUCCUCCUGAUGUUCUUUGCUUACCUGUGUUGAAUAUACCAAGAAGAGAUUUUAAGUACUUCACAGAGACAAGAUUUAUACUUGAGGAGCUGAAUAUCCCGGAGUCAUUUCAUAUCUUCCGAGAUGAAAUCAAUUUGCACCAGCUGAAUGCUGAAGGGAAAUUGUCUUUAACACUUAUAAACAUCAACAUGCUGACAAGUGAGGAUAAAAGUUUGGAAUCAGCUGUUGUUAAAGUCAUCAAUCCAGAUGAGCAAUGUGACGGAAGCCUGGAGUUACAAGCAUCUUCUUCCUCUUUAGUAGUAAAAGAGAUUCUUCAAGAGGCACCAGAGUUAAUCACUCAGCAACUGGCUUAUCUCCUCAGAGGAAGCAUUCUCUUCAAGUGCAUGUCUUUGGAGGCUGGCAGAAUUACAGAGCAGCAGGAGAAAUUACUGUCAAUCCUAGAGGAAAAGUUUCCUGAUCUUCCUCCACGAGAAGAAAUUAUCUCAGUUCUCCAGGAGACUCAGUUUAACCCACAAGGUGUAAGUAUUGAGGAGGUUAUGCUGAAGGAUCUCAAGGAGAUUUCAGAUGGAGAAAUCAAAGUAGCAGUUACCACUGUGUACAUGACACUGGAGGACUGCGUGUUCCACCGGAGUCUCAUCGGUGAUCUGAAAGCAUUCAUAGAUAAAUAUGGGUUUGAUGUACUUGUCAUUUUGGCCAACUGUUUGUCAGAUGAGAAGCAAACAAUACGACAAAUAGCAGUGUAUUCAGAAAACUUAGAGCUAGGCAAUCAGAUCUGCUGUGAAUUAGAAGAAUGUCAGAAUCCUUGUUUGGAGCUGGAUCCUCUAGAAUGUGGAUGUGACCAAAUUCUCAUUUAUUGUCAGGAAAAUUUUUUGGUGACCUGUGAUCAAAUUUUUCUUCUUGUUAAGGAAUUUAUAAAUAGAAGACAACCAGAAAUGGUAUCAAACAGUAGAACUUCUUCUACUGAAGCUGUUGCUGGAAGUGCUCCACUUUCACAAGGAUCUUCUGGUAUUAUGGAGUUGUAUGGUUCUGAUGUAGAACCUCAGCCCAGUUCUGCCAAUUUUAUAGAAAAUCCUCAAGAUUUAAAUGGAUCAAUGCAAGCCCAUGUUGAUGUUAAUGUUGACCUUGUGAGUCCAGAUAGUGGAUUGGCUACCAUUAGAAGCAGUCGGUCUUCCAAGGAGAGUUCUGUUUUCCUUAGUGAUGAUAGCCCUGUUGCAGAAGGUGGUGCUUCCCAUCACAGCCUUCUGCCUGGCUUUGAUUCCUACAGCCCUAUUCCUGAAGGAGCAAUACCUGAAGAACAAAACCCUCAGUCUAGAGACAAUAGUGAUAACUUCGAUCUUUUCAAUUUUGAUCUGGCACCUGUGGUUACAGCUCCAUCCGAGUCAUCUUCUCGUUCUGUUGAUUGUUCCCCAGCAGAUGACUAUUUCCUCAAUAGUGAUUCAUCAGAAGGACAAGUCACUGUGCAGAAAGAACUUGAUGAGGCAAACCUGCUGGAAAAUGAUACAGCAAAUUAUUCAACUGACUUACUUAUGACAACAAAUGGCAAAGACAAUUUAGCUGAAUUUGAUGAGAAUCCAGAAGAAGUAUGUGAGAAAACAUCGAGUUUGAUUGAUUUAGUUGCAGGUGAUUCUUCUUCACCAGAAAUGUUAAAAUCUGCUGAUUCAAGAAUUCCACCAACUCCUAUGAACAGUCUUGUAGAAACUUCACCAUUAGAUAAUGGGCAGCCUUUAUUUUUCCCACAAGAGGUCAUAAAAAAAAUUAAUGAAAUGGAUGGCACAAAUUAUUCUCAGUCUCGUGUUAGAUAUGGAAGCUGGUGGGAUGGCUUUGACCUCGAGUCCAGAAAUGCUGACAUGUGGAGUUCAAGUGAGCAGGAAUCUGUAUUUCAGAGCCCUGUCUUAUGGAAAGAUUGUAAAGAAAGUCCCUUGCUACGAGAACAUAUUGAUAGAAGAGCCUCAGAUUCUGUAUUUCUCCAGAAACAGCCAAAGCAAAUGGAACACAUGAGAGCAGGUCUGUGGGAUAAUAAGUUUAAACAAGAUAAUUGGAACCAUGAAAAUAAAGAGAAAAACAGUGAGCAUUCACAUUUGCAAACUGCCUCGUUAGAGGAGACAAAGCAAGAACCAGAGAGCUUUAUGGACCCAUGGAAUGUCAGUCAGCCAGCAUCUGUGAUGUCAGAUGCAUGGUGUAGUGGAGAAGGGAAAGGCAGUCAGCUAGCUGGAGACUCUUACAAAGUCUGGACUAAGUUUGAUGCAAGAGAUAUUGCUAGCUCAUCAGAAAACGUAUGGAACAUGCCUGUGCUGGAGAGUGAAAAAAUAUCAGCUAAUAUUCCUGAGGAAUGGUCUGUAACAAAACCUAGUUUAUCAGAUUCUUCAGAAAUCACAGUGGACAAUGACACUGAAAAUCCACCUAUCCAAGUAGAUCCAGAAGCCUGGGAUAAAGAAAGAUACUAUUCAGUAGAAGAAUAUGUAAAAUCUGAACAUACAAAUUCUGGUUUCAACAAUAGGCAAAAUAAUUCCAAUCUGGAAACAGAGGAAGAUACUGUAUUUGGUGACCCUAAACAUAGACCAAAGCAAUUUGAAAAUAUAGACAGCUGGAAUAUGUAUGAUAAAAACAUCAGGAAAGAAGUUACAGAAGUAGUGGUGCCAUGGGAGGACACCUUCUUGUAUAAACAGUCAGAUCUUAGUUCAUCAAACAUAGGUGAAGAUUUACUUGUUUCUCCACCAGACACCAAUUAUUCAACAUCUGAUUCAUGUAUAUCACCUACAUAUGUGGAAGAUGAAAGAGAAAAUGAGAACAACAUUUUUGAUGAAGAAAUAGUCAUUGAUAAAUUGAUAAACCCAAAUUUGGCUGAGCCAGAAGUACUUGAGAAAGCAAAUAAGGAACCAUUAUCUCCUAGAAACAUGCCUUUUUCAAGUGCUGGAAACACAGAUAUCUGGAGCACUCCUCUAAAUAAUGUCACCCAGUUAAAAGAAAGAAAAUCUGAAAUUACUGCUAUUUCUGCCUCUACUAAACCUUUCCUUAAUUCAGAACAAGCAGCUAGUCAAUGCUUUUCAACUGAGACACAUGCUAGUGAAAAUAUUUUUUCUGUAUCUGAGAACAGAAGAAUAACACCAGUAUACAGUCAAACAGUGAAUGACUUAUCACCACCACAGAACAAGUUAAAUGCUGCAGCUGAAAAUGUAGAAACAGUGGGUAGUAUUCCUGUAGAAGACAGAGACACAUCUACACCAACUUCAGACACUGGGAACGGUUUGGAUCUGAAAAUAUCUGACUUAGGGAGCAAGAUACUUAGUAAGAGGGAAGUGCAAAACACUGCUGAUCUUGAUGAAAAGCUGAAUUGUGAGGAUUCAGCACAGCAGCUGAACUCAUGGAGCUUACAGAAUGAGGAGAGUUGCGAGGAAAGCAGGGACAAUGCCAUUGUUAUCUCUCAGGAAGGAAAGGAAGAAGAUAAGAGAACAGAUGAGACAAGUGGACAGCAAAUGCUUAGUGACAAUUCUAAUAAACCAGUGCAAGAGGACAGCGAAUCUUUAUGUAACACAGAUUCAGAAGGAAACAGGUCAUCAACUGAAGUUCCCAGCUCUCCAGAAAAAAUGAGGAACAGUGUCAGUUUGGAAGCAUUAAUAACAGGGAAUGAGUCAUUUUCCAAUCAAAGUAAUCCAGUUAUUUGGGAAGAGAGGAAAGACUUGUCACAGAAUAAUGUAGAAUCUUCCAGUGCUUCUGAGGAAGGCAGAAAUGAUGACACUUUUGAUGACUCCAGACCAAAAAAUCACAAUUAUGGUGAAAUGCCACAGCUGCUUUCUGAGAAUGCUGAAAAGGACACUACAGCAACAAAGGAUGCAAAAAGUCCUGAGAUGGAAAGUAUUUAUGAAAAUAAUUAUUCUAAAAUGUCCAGAAGCUCAGGAAGUUACUCUGAAAAGAGUGGUUAUUGCCUAGCCACAUCAAUUCCUUUAACAAAUGAACCACAAGAAGUGCUGGGAGAAGGGAAAGAUGACUUAGAUGAAACAGUUCCUAACCAUCCAGGAAUUCUUAAUUCUGAGUUAGUAUCUUUCAAAGACAGCUCAGAAAUGAACAGGACUCAUGAAAAUCCUUUCAUAGAUGAGUUUAAGAAGAGUACUUCUUCUGGAUAUGUCAGGGUUCCUGACAUUACAGAUAUGUCUUUGGUGGAAAAUUCAUUUUCACAUGAAAUAGGUUCUGGAAUAAAUGAAAAUUUUGAAAACGUAGAACCUGCUAAUAAUCUUUCUGAAGAUCUGUGUAUAAUGCCUACUGACAGUUUUCCCAAAACUCCUUGGAAUUCAGAGCCAUGUGAAGAUUUGCAAUCUCCUGGAACGAGUCCUGAGGCAAGUGAAGUCCUUGAAAUGGCAAACACCACAAGUAGCUUUUCAAAGGAUAUACAGACCAAAAGUUAUUUGGAAGGAGAUAAUGUGUGGAGUGAUUCAAUAAAUGAUUAUGUACACUCAAGUGGAACAAGUCCUGAUUUAAGUGAUGCAUCUGUGAAUGUGUGGGGAGACGUUCCAGUUGCCAGUCCUGACAAAAGAACCAGAGAUAUGUGGGAUAGUAAAAAUAAUAAAAAUCUUGAAGAUGCUUGUAAAAGGAAUGAAUAUGGCAAUGAACGUGAGGAAGGAUUUGAAACAAAUGCGGAACAGAACAAAGUUCCUAGAAGCUUAGAUUUUUGGAAUGCCCAUGUAGAUGAUGAUACUGUGUCUUCUUUAUCAAGUCCUGACAUAAACGAGGAUUCAGAGAAUUCAGAAGCGUGUCCAGCAAUGAUUAAUGAAGAUUCCACAUAUGAAAACAAACAGCACAAAGGAUCUGAAAUUGUAGAGGAUUAUGUGCAACCCAGUGCAACAAGUCCUGAAGCAAAUGGCGUCAAUGUAGAUGCAAAAACUAAGGUGGGAGAAGAGGUCCAGGUGGGCAUCUUCAAUGAAAAUUCUGAAACAGUUAAAGCUAGGAAAGUACUGCAGGAAGACAUGACUAUAAUGGAAUGUAAUGAAGCUUCUGAAUAUUUAGGUUACUGGGAAACACUUGAGAAAGAAGCUCAGGUGAGUGUUUUCAGUGAAAAAAGAGGUAGCAGAGAAGACUUGUGUUUGUAUCCAAGGAGUGAAGAUACUACACCGACUUCUGCUGUUGGUGGUGAAGAAAAGUGUUCUUCAAAAUCGGUAGAUAUGUGGAGUAUGGUGUUGGAAGCUGAUUUAAGAACUGAUCCAAAAUCCACAGCAGGUACAUUGGGUUUUCCAGAUGACAAUUCAGAAUGGUGGAAUUCACAACCUUAUGAAGAGAAGAAAUUGGAAAUUCAGAGUUCUCUUUCAAGUUACCCUGCAUCAAAUCAGUUAAAGAAUAGUAAGGACUCCUGGGGAUCACCUUCACCAGAUGAAGAACUAACAGAAGCAGAUUUCACUAAUGCAAGUAAUGAUGGCAAUCAGCCUGCCCCCCUGUACUGUGAUGAAAAAAAACAUGAAAGGCUUGUACAUCCUAUGAAUAUUCCUGAUAGUCAAAUAAAUCAAGACAUGGUACAGUUCAAACAAUUAGAUCCUUUCAUACUGGAUAAAGAAGAAAGAGGCUUGAAAGAUCAGUUGUUUCCUACAGAUGAGGAAAAUCAACUGUCCCCACAGAAUUCUUUUUCAGAUGAGGAACUAGGUACACCAAAUACAUCAGUUCAAGAAGUCACUGAACUGGAUCUACCAAAUGACAAUGAGGACAAUGUAAGUCUCAUUCCUCAAGAACAACAGCAGAACACCUGUGAAAGAUUAGAAGUGCACAACUCCUUGCCAGUGUCUUAUACUGGAGAGAACUUAUCCUCUGAAAUGACAGAGAAGUCAAGUCCAGAGUGGAGUAUUUUAAUUCCCCAAGCUGCACUUAUCCCAGAUAUUUUACAGGAUAACACACAAGAAAGUGAUCACCUGUUUUCAGUGGAACCUGACCUGUGGACUAAUGCUGAGCAGAUUGUCACUUUAAAGUUAGAUGGUGAAAAUCCUGAUAUAUUAAGUCAUUGUGAUCAAGACAAUUGUUCAGAGGCAUCAAGCAGUCCUGACGUGUGCCAGGAGCAUGAAGCUAAGCAUGUAUCUAUCCCAUCUUCUCAAACUGAGGUGGAGUCUGAAGACAGUCAGCUGAUUCACACAUGGCCAAAUAUAAGUAAAGAGGCAGAUUUUGAUUCAGAUUGUCACUUAGUAAUGCAGAAGGUAGAGACACAGUCUGAAAGUGGUAGCCCCCAGGACUAUGAACUAGGAAAGACUGAUGGAUCCUAUCAGCUAAUUUCUUCCAAUACUCAGGAGCCUCCUAAAUUUGCAAUUUUAGAAGAACGUGGUCUAGAAAACAAACGUGUUACUGACCCAGUUCAGUCAGCUGAAAUUACCAAUGAAGUUUUAGAAGCUACGUCCUUAGAGCUGAAAGACACAUUCCAUGAAAGUCCUGCAAGCCAUCAAGGAACACCAACUGAUGCAUCUCAAAUGCCCUUAAUUCCCAUGGAUUUCACUCUACCUGACAGGGCAAAACAAAGCUUAAAAGAAGGUAGUGUCUUGGCUGAAGUUGGAAAAUGUUCUGAUACUGCCCAUACAACACUAACAGGUGGUGAGUUAGACAUGUCAGAAGAAUGUGUGGAUGAAUCUGAGACAGGAGUUGAACAUAACAUCAGGAACGCAUUAGUGACUAAUGUCCUGGGAAGCACCUGUAGUGGAAUGAACAUACUGGGAACAGUAGGCAGUGAAGCAGCAGAAGGGGAACCAAAGGCUGAACAGAUAUUCUUUCCUGAAUCCUUUCUGCCUGGCAGUAAUGAAGGCCAUGAAAUGGAUUCAAGUAAUCAACUAGUUGAUGACAUAGUAAAAGAAUAUGAAGACAUAAUUGAAAAUGAUGUUAUUGUUCUUAAGGAUAUGCCAAGUAACCAAUCACCAGUGGUGUGUGCUCCACCAUCCUAUGCAUCUUUUGAUGCUGAACUUUCUGGCAGUAGAAAGUGUGCACAGGAUGAGCUCUUGUUACAGCAGCCAUUUUGUGGCACUGUUUCUUUGGAAAAACCUCUUCCAUUUUCAAUUCCUUUGAAAAGUUCAGGAGGCAUCCUAAUGACCAAAGACAGCAGCAGUGAAGAUCAGGUGUCUGAAACAUCCACAGAGUGCCUUCAAGAAAAUCACACGGCUCUACUUUCACUCUCUGAGUCUGAAGUAACUGCAGGAGCUUCCGAGAUUCCAAUAGGGAAAUACGAAGCAGAAACAGCUGAUCUCGACUCGCCUCCAGGUGGAGAUAAAAGAUCACCUGACGAAGCUGGCACUGACUACCUACUCUGUAAGGAGAGUAAGCCGAGAAAUUUCUCUGAGACCUUUGAAUUGAAAAGUACAGAGGAUAAGGAAGAUGUGAGGCUGCAGGUGCACCGAGAUCCAGCUUCAGUGGAGAUGGAUUACAUUCUUGAUACUGAGGAAGGAAAUACACCUUUAACAAAAGAUACCAUUGAGAGAAAUGAAAGUGGGUUUGCAUUUCAAGAAGCUAGUGUAGCUGAACAACCAGAAUCUCGUGAAGGCUUAACACAGGGCUCCUUGGAUACCUUUCAGCCAACCUCCAUUACAAAUGAAAUGGAAGAUCACUCUGUUUCUGGGACUGGAUGGGACUCUGUUCACUUAGAAAAGAAAACUUCUUCUGUUGUGCCUCAAAAACUGGAUGAUGAAAGAUCACAGGAAAGGUGUGGGCAAGAUGAGGGCUGGAUUAUAUUGGGCCAAAAUGAAGUUAGUGACAUAUCACCUGAAGAAAUUUCUGCCAAGUCAGAGGUGCCAAAAUCAGGGUCCAUAAAUUCUGGCGAAGAACCUGCAAAUGCUGUAGCACAGGCAUUAAUUCUUGACACUCGGGCAGAAUUUCGGGUAGAUGAUGGUGAUGGCGCAUGGGAAGCCAAUACUGAACAGAGACUCAGAAAUAACGUAGCAACAGAACAAGAAAUGAUGGAGAAAACUGUGCUUUUCAGCAGUGAAAGAGAACUGAUUCAAAAAUCAGGAUUGGUACAAGAGGAUGUGGGAAUGGACAUCCCAUUUGCUGAGGAUGUGUUAAGCCCCAGUUCUGCAGAGAUGAGACCCGAACCUCCCAAUUCUCUUGAUCUUAAUGGUUCCAAUCCCAGAAGAAUAAAGCUCACUGCCCCAAAUAUCAAUCUCUCUUUGGACCAAAGUGAAGGGUCCAUACUUUCUGAUGAUAAUUUGGAUACACCAGAUGAAAUUGACAUCAAUGUAGAUGACCUUGACACUCCUGAUGAAGCAGACUCUUUUGAAUACACUGGACAAGAAGAGCAGACAACUACUAAGGAGGCUUCCCAGGAGGAGUCUGAAUCAAUUCCAGAGUACACUGCUGAAGAGGAGCGAGAGGACAACAGAUUAUGGAGAACAGUAGUUAUUGGAGAGCAAGAACAAAGAAUUGAUAUGAAAGUCAUUGAACCUUACAAAAAAGUCAUCUCACAUGGAGGGUACUAUGGUGAUGGUCUGAAUGCUAUCAUUGUGUUUGCAGCCUGCUUCUUGCCAGACAGCAGUCGAACUGAUUACAACUAUGUCAUGGAAAAUCUUUUCCUCUAUGUAAUCAGUACCUUAGAGCUGAUGGUCGCUGAAGACUAUAUGAUUGUCUACUUGAAUGGAGCAACACCAAGAAGGAGGAUGCCUGGGCUGGGUUGGAUGAAAAAAUGUUACCAGAUGAUUGAUCGACGGUUACGGAAGAAUUUGAAAUCAUUUAUAAUUGUUCAUCCAUCAUGGUUCAUCAGGACAAUUCUGGCUGUGACACGACCUUUCAUAAGUUCUAAGUUCAGUAGUAAGAUACAGUAUGUCAACACACUGGCAGAGCUUCGUGAAAUGAUUCCAAUGGAAUACAUGCACAUACCAGACAGUAUUGUCAGACUGGAUGAAGAACUGAGGGAAACUUCAGAAACAGCUAAAACUAACUGCCUCUCAAAUGAUCCAGAAAUGACUGCAGUGGAGCAGGAGUAA